CUCUCGCCCGAGUCCCCACCCCGAAAAGCUCUCCUCCUCGUCGUCGUCGUCGUCUUAUCUCCCGUUCUCGGAACCGAUUCUCGGAGGAGCGGAUCUGAAGGAGCUAGGGUUAGGGUUAGGGUUUGCUCCUCCUCGUCGUCUCCUUCGCCUUCGAUCGCCUUCUUCGUCGAGAUUUUUAAUAUAUCUAGACAGUUGACAAGAGGAUGACAGAAGGAAAAUCUCUUUUGAAUCCGUAUGCCUCUCCCUACAUACCUCUUUCGAGGAAUCCUGCUGGGAAGACCCUAGAGAAAGAGAACAAGGCUGUGGAGAAUGUACCAGACGAUCCGGAAAAGAAAGAGGGUGGUGAUAGGCCUUCAGAGCAUCAUCUCCGGGACUCUCUUUUGGAAGAAUUUGAUAAGCUUAGCUUCUCCGCGGAGUCAUCAUCGAAGGUGGAUCUCUCUUCCGGUUACGAUGACCCAUUUUAUGAUAGUGAGUUUGUGGACGUUGGCGAUCUCGAUAUAGCAGUGGAAUCUAUCUCGCUGAUGUUCCCCAACAUUUCUUUGGACUCAAUUGCUGUGCUGUUGCAUGCGAACGGUUACAAUCCGAGUCAGACGAUUAACGUGCUUGAACAGCUUGAGUACGGAGAUGACGGAUUCGAGGACGUGGCCGAGCCUUCGGAGAGCUGCAGCCAUCUGGACAAUCCCCCUGUUUCUCAGGCAUCCAAGCCUGAAGACAGCUGCGGCUAUGAGGUCUGAAUCUGCGCGAUAAAGAGUCGCAGAUUCGACCUGCUAUCGUAUAUUCGUGUAUACAAGUAUAAUGCCCUUUCGCUCUCAGCAAGUGUUAUCGCCUCGGUUGGGGUGGGUUUCGCUUUCCGAAAAAAGAGACUAGCAAAACAAGAAAGGAAGAGAAGAUUGCCUUGGGUGAGUAUUACAUUUACAUAACAGAUUAAAGAUGGUCCAUUUCUGCUUAGCUGAUGACUGGUGACUCUGUUUUAGGGUUUUUCUUCUUUUAUGUGUGCAUUUGAACUGCGUAGCCGUCUUCUGUACUUGUUAAUUGCUUGUGCAGCUGAUGGUCAUGCUGUGUAGGUUACAGUAUUUGCAACAAAUUGCUGCUCUCUAGAGCUCAAACCAAACUUGGCAAAAAAAAGGAAGAAAAAGAAAUAAAAGGAAAGAAAAAAGGUUCUUGCUUCUC